AUGUUUGUUAAAAGAUCUGAUAUACCUUAUAUGAUUUUUGCCAGUUCAUUAAUGGCAGCAUCAGCUGUUGCAACUCCGUUACAAACUGUUAUGUAUGGUAAUAUCUUUAGUAAGUUAAGUGACUACUUUUUAGGCGAUAUUGCAACCCUUGGAGAAUUCAUUAGUCAAGUUAGAUUAUUGUGUGGUGCUAUUAUGAUUAUUGGUGCUGGUAAGAUGGUAUUUACAUUUUUAGGGGUCUUCUUUUGGAUGAAAUUUGGCGAGAAACAACAAACAAGAGCCAGAAAUGCAUUAUAUGCUCAAGUAUUUGAUAGGAAAGUGGAGUGGUUUGAUACUAAAGCAAACCUUAUGGGUGAAGUAUCCCAAGUUAAUCGUUGUGUGGAAGAAUUAAGAUCAGGAACUUCUGAAAUUAUAGGUUUAUUAAUCCAAACCAUUGCUUCAAUUAUUGCUUUACUUAUCACUUCUUUUUACCAUUCUUGGUCUUUAACAUUGGUUAUUAUGGCUAGUACUCCAAUCAUGGCUGUAGUUGGUUGGUUUUUUGGUAAGUUAACUUACAUGAAUCAAGAAGUUGAAAAUGAAAUAACCGCUAAAGCUUCAAAAAUCUUAGAUUGGACUUUAGUUUAUGGAACUGUGGUGAGAUUAUUUAAUGGGAAAUACGUCGAAAUUGUUAAAUUUAAUAAAUUAGUUGAUAAUUCUGCAAAAGCAUUCUUUAAAGUUUCCAAUGCCAUUGCAGCAAAUGGAGCAUUAUUACGUUCAUUAUCUUUGUUGAUGUUUGUUCAAGGAUUUUGGUUCGGAAAUUCUAUGAUUAGACUCGGAAAACUUGAGAUUAAUCAAGUGUUUACUUGUUUCAGUUCUUGUUUAAUGCUUGGUGCUUCUAUUUCAGAUCUUGGGGGUAUUUUAGCUACUUUAAAUAAAGCCCAUGCAGCAGCUGGUAAAAUUGAUAAGUUUCUUGAUACAAAGGAUAAUGUCGAUAAAUCCCCUCAACUUUAUCCUCAAAGAUGUUAUGGUGAUAUUCAAUUUCAAAAUGUUGUAUUUCAAUAUGCUAGUAGACCAGAAAAUGUAUUAAAGGGGACAAGUUUCAAAUUAAUGCCAAAUGAGUUAAAUUUUAUUAUUGGUCAAUCAGGUUCAGGUAAAUCAACAGUAACUCAUUUAUUAAUGAAAUUGUAUUCUCCAACAUCAGGAAGAAUUAAGGUGGAUGGAUUUGAUAUUUCAACAGUUAGUCAAAAAUGGUUGAGUAACAAUAUUACACUUGUUCUUCAAAACUCGGUAAUUUUUAAACAAUCGUUAAAAGAUAAUAUUGCUUUGGCGGUUUAUAACAGGUUUGAUUCUUUACAUGAUGUUCCAGAUCUUCUUAUUGAUGACGCUUGUAAGUUUUCUUUAUUGGAUGAGGUAAUUGAUGGCUUAGAUGAUGGGUUAAAUACCAAGAUAAAUCAAUCAACUUUAUCAGGUGGUCAACAACAAAGAUUAGCUAUUGCGAGAGCUAAGAUAAGAGAUACACCAAUUCUUAUCCUUGAUGAAGCUUUCAGUGCUCUUGAUAAUAAAAACAGAGAUUUGUUAUUUUCCAGAAUCAAAAAAUGGAGAAGAGGAAAAACUACCAUUAUAAUUACUCAUGAACUCAGUCAAAUAGAACCAACUGAUUAUACAGUGUUAAUGGAAGAUGGUAUAGUUAAACAACAAGGUCCUUUCUAUACGAUGGAAAAUUUUGUAUAUAAUGAAGAAAAAGUCGAUCCUAUAGUUGCUACCAUUUCAGAAAAGGCGAUUAAAAGGGCUAAUAGAGAAUCAGUGUAUGAUUAUAAAUUAAAUCCAGUUAUUUUGAAAGAUCUUGAAAAACAACAAACCACAAAAGAUGAUAAAGAGAAAAAGGAGGAAGAUGAAGUUAUGGGUGUUUUGGCCAUUUUGAAGUAUUGUAAGAAUACUAUGGAUAGAAAGGAUCUUAUAGUUAUUGGUUUGAUCUUCUCUGUUCUUGCUGGUGGAGCAGGUCCUGUAUUCUCAUAUUGUUUUUCGCAGCUAUUAAAUAAUAUGAUGAACACUGCUAUUGGUGUUGAACAUGUUAAUUCUGCUUUGAUAAAAUGGUCCUGUAUUGUUAUUGGUGUAGCCAUCGCUACUGGUAUAGUCCAUUAUCUUUCCCAAUACAUUCUUUCUAUUGCUGGUGAAAAAUGGAUUAUCAGUCUUAGGAAGUUGUGUUUCACAAGAAUCAAUGAACAAGAUAUGAGUUAUUUUAACAAUAAUGAGAAGACAAAACCAGCAGAAAUAACUGCUCUUUUAAUGAAUGACACCCGUGAUUUAAGAGCUUUAGUAACUGAAUUUAUAUCUGUCGCUAUUAAUUUAAUUGUGAUGUUGUUAGUUGGUAUCAUAUGGUCUACAGUUAUAGGAUGGAAGCUUUCAUUAGUAGGUCUUUCAUUUGUUCCAUUGAUUUUGAUUAUAACCAGAGUAUAUGGUAUGUUCUUACAAUCUUCUGAACAUAAAUAUAAAUCCAGUAUUGCAAAGUUGGAAAAUCACAAUCAUGAAACUGUCAGUUGCAUAAAAUCUAUCAUUCUGUUAAACUUAUACACUUAUUUUAAGGAAGAGUAUGAAAUUAGAAUUUUCGAAGUCAAUUCAAUUUCUGUUAUAAGAGCUGCACAUACUGCAUUUGGUCUUGCUCUUUCUGAGCUCUGUAAUGCUAUAGCUACGGGUGUUAUCUUAUAUUAUGGUAUGGUUCUAGUAGGAAAUCUUGAGUACACAAGAGAUCAGUUGUUAGAAGUGGUUACUGUGUUAACGUUGACCAUGACUAAUGCAGCUGGUUUACUUAAUCAAAUUCCUGAAAUUGCCAGAGGUCAAAGGGCUGGUACCUUUAUUAUCAAAUUGUUAGAAUUACAACCUUCACAAGUUGAAAUUGGUGGUGAGAUUAAACCUGUAAGAUUAAGAGAGCCAGUUAUACUGUUCAAAAAUGUGAAUUUCUCUUAUGGUUCUGGAGUGAAUGUGUUGAAGAACAUAUCUUUUGAAAUUCACAAGAACGAAACGGUGUCCAUAUUAGGUGGAUCUGGAAGUGGUAAAUCAACUGUUACUUCAUUAUUAACAAGGCUAUAUGGUGGUUAUAACGGUGAUAUCUUUGUUUCCAAUUUCGAUCUUAAGAAAUUGGAUAUUGACUGGUUGAGAGAAGCUAUUAGUGUAGUUCCACAAUUUCCUAGAUUCUUUGAAGGUACCAUUCGUGAAAACUUACUAUAUGGAUUAAAUCCUCAAAUGCAAGUUUCAGAUGAUGAUAUCUAUGAACUGUUCAAGAUUUCCAAUAUGUAUUCCUUAGUUGUCUCCUUACCUGAAGGUUUGAACACGAAAAUUGGGGAAGGUAUGAAUGCUUUAAUGUCAGGUGGGCAGUUGCAAAGAUUAGCUAUAGCUAGAGCCCUUGUGAGGAAUCCUAAAAUUUUGAUAUUGGAUGAAUGUACUUCAAACUUGGAUCCAGAAAAUAAGAAAAUGAUAGCUGAAUUGAUUCAGGAAAAACUUAUGGGUAAAUACACUAUUUUAUUGAUUUCCCAUGAUGUUGAUAUGAUGAAAUUUUCUAGAUUGGUGGUAUUACAACAAGGAAGAAUAGUAGAGCAAGGUCAUUAUGACGAACUUUACAGUAAAAGGGGAGAAUUGUACAAAAUUACCAAUGGAAUAAAUUAA